AUGGCCAAAUCGCAAGUGAAGACAGCCCGCGCCACGUCAGACGUACCAGAACCUGUUCCUGCUGGCGGGGGAGGGCUCCCAUUCCCUUGGAAAGUCCAUCGGGCUGAUCGACUACCGCUGUUAGUGAGAGCCACGGCCGUAGCUCUGACUGUCUAUUUCAUGAAGCAGCCGUCGAUUCUGCGAGAUAGUUCUUCUGCAGCAGUCUCUCCACGGCAUUUCCCAUUCGCCCCUUUCGACAGGCUGACACCAAGGCGACCCUGCGUCGCCACGCCCCAUCCGUGCCUAGUGUGCCAGAAGGACAUGAACAUCACGCAGCGGCAAUGGCAAGCCGGCCAGCGGUGCCUACCCCGGCGCCCGCGGCACCGUGCUCCUCGGCUUAGGCCCACAAUGGCCAAAGACAAGGACAUCGAGGCCGGCGACGCGCCCUCGUAUGCCACACCCAAGUCAGUCUUCGCUGGCACGCAUGGGGCUCGCACGAGGUGUAAUGGACAGCCAAACAUGGCCAGCACCCUCGACUCAUCGUGA